AUGAUCAUGGCGCCUCAACUCAUGUUGGCGAACUCUGCACAUAUGCCCGGCAUGGCAGGAGCACCGAAUCCAUUCGGUCAACCUGACAUUUGGUGGCAUGCCAAACAAAUUCGGUGGAAUGCCUGGACAAUUCAAAGCUUUUUCUCAACUGAACCUAUUUUUUGCAAUGGACACGCUAUGCAAUUACUCACCAUCUUACAGCAGCUUCUCUUAAUUCCAGUGUCGAUUAGUUCCUUGCUAACUGCUCUAGCGACGAAGACGAAGGGUUUCCCGCAUUUUGUCACGGAAUGCGUUCCAAUCGACAUGGAGGAGGCUGAAAUGGGGCCAAUGUACUUCCAGAAAGCGUUUCAAGAUGCAGAAGACAUGUGGGCAAUCAACGAGGCUGUGAUAAACACGAUGAAAGAAAUGAGCCAUUUCAAAAAGGUUCAAAAAUUAGGUCAUAUUGCCGUCGAAUUUGGCGGUGGCGGAGGAUUCGCUCACAUCGUCGAGAAUAACGAACGCGUCCCUCCUUAUUUUAUGCGAGAGAUUCUCGGCGGACUGGCGGACAUAUCUCCUCGAAAAUGGCGAAAACCGGCGUUGGAUGAAGAAGCGGAAGUGAUAUUUCGCGCGGAGCAAAUGGAAAAGAGCCUCAAGGAAAAUAGAUAUCCCCCGCUGGAACGAGCUGCUGAGAUUUCGCAGCCUUCACCCCACUUCAUAUCGCCGAAGAAGACUUCUAACAAAUCAUCCAACUCGAAGCUGGUCUCAGAUCUUGAUCCCGACCAACCAACGCCGAGUCCGCAACGAAAGACAAGUUCUGCGAAGGAAUCAACUGAGAUUUCCCCUCGAAUACCGUUAGCGGAGCUUCUCCAAUCUCAGAAGAGCCCCGAUGGCUGGGGAACUCAGGAAACUCAACUUUCUCAACUGAGCCGAUAUGAGAUGAUGGAGCGAGCUGCUGAGUUUUCUCAAAGCACAACUGAUGCUACUCCAGAUAAGAAUCGCACAGAGCAUUCACCUAAAACACCAAGAGCGGAAAAGAAGCAAAACAAAGCUGUCAAACCAUCUCCAAAAGUCUCUGAGAAUACUCUGGGAUCCGAAGAAGGGAUCGCUGGAAUUUCCGUAUCAGUCAGUGGUGAACUACUCAAUGAUGAGGUGCCUUCGGAUCCAGAGAUCUCCCUCUCCGUCAGCGGAGAACUUUUCGAUGAUGAGCUGCAGCCAAUUGAUACUACGCAGAUUUCCCAGCAAGACGAAGAAGAAGCUAACUCCUCUCAAGGUUCCUCCGUCUACAAAACGCCUGAAAAGAGUCUACCGAAAACGCCCAGUAAGACUGAUCAAUCAGCACCCGCUUCACCUCCACAGCCCCCGAGAAAGCUUCGUCGAAGCCUCUUCAAUGAAAAUCAGGAAGAACCGAUGGAUACCCCGGAGAUAAUCAUGGCGUCCUCGGGAGAUACGACAGGGAAAUCAAAAAGGUCGAAACAAAAGAUUCCUGGUCACAGGUUUCUGGAGAGACGCUACGAGAGACUGAAGGGAGAACAAGAAGGACUCACGAUGUGCAGAACUUAUGCGCCGAAGAGUCUCAAGAAGAAAAGUCGCAAGAAGAGAUGA